AUGUCAGAGUACCCGCUAACCCCAGACACCCCCAAGAGUGAAGCUCGGACAUCCACCAACAGUAGCAGACUGGCCGCUCUGAAGAAACAGGCCGACAUCGAGCUCAAAGUGAAACAAGGAGCGGAAAAUAUGAUUCAGAUGUAUUCCAACGGCUCUUCCAAGGACCGCAAACUGCUCGCUGCAGCUCAACAGAUGCUUCAAGACAGCAAGACAAAGAUAGAGUUCAUUCGAAUGCAGAUUCUCAAAGCCAGCCAGACCAGCGAGAUGAACUAUGAGAACAAUGACGUGACUUCAAGCAAGCCUAUAAUCAGUCCUCUGGACCUGAGGAUAGAAGAGCUCCGACAUCACUUCCGGAUCGAGUCUGCUGUGGCAGAAGGUGCCAAGAAUGUGAUGAAACUGCUGGGAACAGGGAAAGUGACGGAGAAGAAAGCUCAUUCAGAGGCUCAAGCCCGCUUGAAUGAGUCCAGUCAGAAGCUAGACCUUCUGAAGUUCUCUCUGGAGCAGAGACUCAGUGAGCUGCCCAAAAAUCACCCGAAGAGCAACCUGAUUAUGGAGGAGUUAGCAAUGGUGUCUUCCCCACCUCUCAGUCCCCGCCAUAGCAUCAUGUCCACCAGCAACAAGUACAGCACUGUGGCCAAACCUGCUGCUCUGACCGGCACAUUAGACGUGAGGCUCAUGGGCUGUCAGGACCUCCUGGAGAACGUCCCAGGUCGCUCUAAGACAGCAUCUGUUUCUCUGCCUGGCUGGAGCCCCAGUGAGGCACGCUCCUCAUUUAUGAGCCGAGGAAACAAGAACAAAUCUGGCAGCAGCCGAACCCUCUCCAAGUCCGAUGAUCUGUCCAAUGAAAUCAGUGCCGUUCUGAAGCUGGACAACACAGUUGUGGGACAGACCCAUUGGAAGCCAGUUAGCAACCAAUCUUGGGACCAGAAGUUCACGCUGGAACUUGACAGGUCUCGUGAGCUGGAGAUAGCUGUGUACUGGAGAGACUGGCGCUCGCUGUGUGCUGUUAAGUUUUUACGGCUGGAGGACUUCCUGGACAACCAGCGUCAUGGCAUGUGCCUUUACCUGGAACCGCAAGGAACACUGUUUGCUGAGGUUACGUUUUUUAACCCAGUUAUUGAGAGGCGACCUAAACUACAAAGGCAAAAGAAAAUCUUCUCCAAACAGCAAGGUAAAACGUUCCUGCGUGCCCCUCAGAUGAACAUUAACAUCGCCACCUGGGGCAGAUUGGUGAGAAGAGCCAUUCCGUCAAUCAAUACCUCAUUCAGUCCUCAGGCUGAUCUGGGCUCAGCAUUGAGCUCUGAAACAGUACCCAUCGGCCACCCAGACGCCCACUCCCUACCCAGCGACCCCACUGUGACCAAAUUAGACUUUGACAAACCAGCCACCCCUUCCUCAAAACGGCACUCCAUCGAGAUAGAGGAAAAUGUUUCACCAGAUAAGAUCGCAGAUGGAAAAGAGGUGCAGGAUGCCCUAGCGACCUUUGAAUUCCUGAACAACACAGUAGCUAAACCAGAUUAUGACAGUCUGGUUGAAAAUGAGCAGCCUGACCUGGAACUGACCGAAGUUCAACGAAAAACUGAAAUAAGGGAAGAAGAGGAAGUUCAAUUCAGUUUGACAGACUUCAAAUGUGUCGCUGUUCUGGGGCGUGGCCACUUUGGAAAGGUUUUACUUACUGAGUACAAGACCACUGGAGAAAUGUUUGCCAUUAAAGCUUUGAAGAAAGGUGACAUUGUUGCAAGGGAUGAAGUGGACAGCCUCAUGUGUGAGAAGAGGAUCUUUGAGACAGUGAACAGUGUUCGGCAUCCGUUCCUGGUGAACCUCUUCUCUAAAAAUCCGUCUCGCUCUAUGGGCACCAUGUUUUUAACACAGUGUUCCCCAUUCCCUGGUGAUGAUGAAGAGGAGGUGUUUGACAGUAUUGUUAACGAUGAAGUUCGCUAUCCAAGGUUCCUCUCCACAGAAGCCAUUUCCAUAAUGAGAAGGUUGUUAAGGAGAAAUCCAGAGCGGCGCCUUGGCGCUGGGGAAGGAGAUGCAGAGGAAGUAAAGAGGCAUCCGUUUUUCAGAAAUAUGGAUUGGGCUGCACUGCUGGCAAAGAAGACCCGGCCUCCAUUUUUGCCGACUAUCAAAGGCCGUGAAGAUGUUAGUAACUUUGACGAUGAAUUCACCUCAGAGGCACCGAUAUUGACUCCACCUCGUGAGCCGAGGGUUCUGACAGUCAGCGAGCAGGAGAUGUUUGCAGACUUUGACUACAUAGCUGACUGGUGUUAACCCAGAUCCUCAUGAACCCUGUUCAAACAUGCUCCAACACUGAACCAACCGAACAACUCCCUCUCUGUAGGACACAUUGGAAAAGAAACUGCUUUCCGUCUAUGCUCUUAUUGUGCCAUUUAAGGGAUUGGCAGUAACCUGUUUUAAGAAACAAGAAUGAAGUGGUUGAGUCUUGGUAGCCCAAUGUGGCAUCUUUUUAUUGUCAGAGCACUGGGACUGAUUGGUGACCAUUAAAAACUUGUGAGGAUUCAAAAGGAUCAACUGCAGCUUCCCUCUCCAUUUUCCACACAUUUUCUCUGCUUUUAAAAGCUAAAACGUGCCUACUAUCUUCAGAUUUGGGGAUUUUCGACACACAACUGAAGAACUGAACCCGACCAAGACAUAAAAAUACAAAUUCUUCACUCCAUAAUUGGAGCAUCUGACAAGACGAGCAAGCUCAAGGAGAGUUCUCUUGAAUUAUUUUCUUGUAUUCCCUUUAAUGCCUUAAAUUCUUUACAGGGCUUCCAAACAAUAACUAUCAGGUACAGAAAACCUACCAAAGCAUUCCUGCCAAAUGUUGUUCUACCCAUUUUAUUGGAUUAAAAAAGACCUUGGCCAAGAGCACAGAUAAAUUAACUUGAAUUUCAUCAAGGCAAAAUGAGAGAAAGCUGCGAUUUAAUUGAUCUUUUGAGAAUUUCAUCUUUAUAAAAGUAUCCUUGUACUCUAAUCAUCAAAAGAAAUGUAAGUUAUAGUUUUAUACUGUGUUUGUAGAAUAUUAGCCAUUUGGAUCUGCUGUAUGUUAUGACAAUGGUUGUACACAUAUAUAUGAAUUGUAAGAUCAUUUUGGAGGGCAGCUCACAGUUGAGAGCAAUUCUCAAAUGGAAUGUAAAAAUGUAUAUUCAUGAAAACAAACAAAACAAAAAAAGUAUAUUUUUGGCGUGUGGUCAUGCCAAAGCCGGCUGUAUGUUUUAUUAGUUGACAUUUUUAAAGGAUAUUUGUAGUCUGUUUCUGUUCUUUGUAAUUUUGCAACGAUUUCUCACAAUUUAGCCAUUUCGUGGUUGCAUAUGUCAACAUUAAACCACAUUUAAUAGAAA